CAUCUCAACAUCAUCAAAUCGUGAUUAAGAUAAUUGAUAUUUCAUCUGCUACUGGUGAAGUUCGUGAAUUAUUGUUAGAAACAAUGGUCAAUUUGCUAAAAAAUCUUCUUUCAUGGUUUACUUACGAUCUUAAUGUUGACUGUGUAUUUAUUUGA